GCAGUGUGUGAGUGCGCUCGUGAAAGCAGAUACAACUCGCAGACUCGGCAGCAAACGCUCUUCAAACCAAACUAGAUAGUCAUAGACGGCUUUCCGAAGCUUACUGCACGAAGAAAACAUAGCGAGAAGUCUUUAUUACAACCUCGCUUUGGUUCAGUUCAUUUGCCUGGGGACGUUGAACAUGGAGCUGGCUGGGUCUGUAUAACAAACGGGGACAAAGCGGAUCAGCUCGAGCCGAGAUGAGCGCGACUAUGAGCGGCUCUGGGUCAGCGCCCUGUCGCUUCGCACAUUACUUCAUUAUAUGUGGAAUAGACAACGAAACUGGUCUAGAGCCCGAUGCUUUGGCAGCUUUGUACCAAUGGCUAGAGGCCGAUCGACAGGGCAAGGACCCAGAGGCCUUGGCAGCAGGGGAAAACUUUGAUCAGAGCCCCCUUAAAAGGACCUUCAAAUCCAAAGUUCUGGCCCACUACCCAGAGAACAUCGAGUGCAGCCCAUUUGACCAGGAUGCUGUUAACAUGCUCUGCAUGCCCAAAGGUCUGUCCUUCCGAACACAGCGUGACAGCCGGACCCCACAGUUCCACUCUUUCCUCAUCACAAGAGAAGACGGCUCUCGCACUUAUGGUUUCGUUCACACCUUCUACGAGGAGGUGACCAGCCCUCAGAUCUGCUCCGCCAUGCAGACGCUACUCCAGAUGCACCAAGCGGAGCAUAAUACAUCAGCGCAUAACUGCCCUUCGUCGUCCUCCUCCUCCUCCUCUAGUAUGGACUCUUUAGCCAGCAGCCUGGAUGAAGUGGAGUCUCCUUCCUCAUCUUCAUCCUCACAAGGGGGUCGCAGGAGCUGUGGCUGCUCUGGCGAAGGAUACGACUCUGUUCGCGACACUCUGUACGUGUCCAAAGCUAUGUGUCUAAUCACGCCUAUGCCCUUCAUGCACGCCUGUAAACGCUUCCUGUCCCAGAUCCACCUGGCCGUCACUUCACAUCAGCCACCCCCACUCCCUUUGGAAAGCUACAUCUACAACAUCCUCUAUGAGGUACCCUUGCCACCGCCCGGACGCUCUUUAAAGUUCCACGGAGUGUGUGAACCUAUUCUGUGCCAGAGGCCUGGUGUUGGGGAGCUGCCAUUGGCUGAUUUUCCAUUGGGUGAGGCCUUCCGACUGUUAGGUGUGGAAAAUCUGGUGCAGCUUUUCACUUGUGUUCUGCUGGAGAUGCAGAUCCUCCUCUACUCGCAGGACUACCAGAGGCUCAUGGUGGUUGCGGAGGGAAUCACAACGUUGCUGUUCCCAUUCCAAUGGCAGCAUGUGUACGUGCCCAUCCUUCCCGCUUCCCUGCUGCACUUCUUGGACGCCCCUGUGCCCUAUCUCAUGGGCCUGCAGUCCAAAGAGGGCACGGACCGCUCCAAACUAGAGCUGCCUCAAGAGGCGAACCUGUGUUUCGUUGACGUCGACAACCACUGCAUCGAAUUGCCUGAAGACUUUCCUCAGUUUCCCAACAAGACCGAGUUCAUCCAAGAACUCAGUGAGGUGUUGCUAAGCUUUGGCCUGUCUCCCGCGGGAGGCAACACCUCCCCUGAACCUCAGUCCUCCACGCUGGAGAAGGAGCUGAAGAGCACAUCCUUGAGCGAGUUAGUGGACGACAAAAGGAACGGGAACCUCGGUGGGGAGGCGCUGGACAUGCUGGAACUUCUUCAAGGCAACCCGACCCUGGAGCGUUUGCAGGCUCUGGCCAAAAGGACUGGGGUCAAAGUGGCCCGUCUGGAGGCAUUGGCAGCGGGACAGAAGGCCGUAGGGGAUGAGGGCGUUGGAGGAAGGUCUCCUGUUGAGGAAGAGGAGCUGAGGAACGCUAAACUGAACGUGCAGCUGAGGGAGGUGUUCGCCGCACGCUUCGCGACAAUGUUUGCGGACUACGAGUCGUUUGUGAUUCAGAACUCGCCAGAUUUGGAGUCCUGGCUGACAAACAGAGAGCAAAUGCACAACUUUGACAAGUCAUUCCUUUCAGACCAGCCGGAACCGUACUUGCCCUUCCUGUCCCAUUUCAUCGAAACGCAAAUGUUUGCCACCUUCAUCGACAACAAGAUCAUGUCUCAAUGGGAGGAGAAGGAGCCCCUCCUACGAGUGUUUGACGGACGCAUUGAGAAGGCCCGCCUCUACAACGUCCGCGCCCCCAGCUUGCGCUCGUCUGUUUACCAGAAAUGCACGUUCCUGAAGGAAUCGGCCCAGGCCAUAGAGCAACGGCUGAGAAAGAUCGACCACACGGCCAUCCAUCCUCACCUGCUGGAUAUGAAGAUUGGCCAAGGAAAAUACCAGCAGGGCUUCUUUCCCAAACUACAGGCUGAUGUGCUUGCCUCAGGGCCCACCAACAAGUGGUCCAAUCGCACAUGCUCGACUCAGCGCAGGGUGGACCGACACAGACAGCAGAACGAACAUCUUGUGCUAGACAAUGACCUCAAAGAGAAGUACAUGCAGGAGGCCCGUAACCUGGGGAAGAACCUGAGACAACCCAAAUUAUCAGACCUCUCCCCUGCAGUCAUCGCUCAGACCAACUGGAAGUUUGUGGAGGGUUUACUGAAAGAAUGCAAGAUGAAGACCAAGCGUAUGUUGGUGGAGAAAAUGGGCAGAGAGGCUGUUGAACUGGGACAUGGAGAGGCAAACAUCACCGGUCUGGAGGAGAACACGCUCAUAGCCAGUCUGUGUGACCUGCUGGAGAGAAUAUGGAGCCACGGCCUACUGGUCAAACAGGGAAAGUCUGCGCUGUGGUCUCAUCUAUUGCACUAUCAGGCGAGAGAAGAGAAAAACGAGCUGCUGUCAGAGUCUCCAGUGUCUAAUGGCCAGGAAAGACGAAAGCUCACAGAGUCCAGUGUUGGACUUCCUGCAUUACGUGUCUCAGUCAUACAGGAUAUGAGACACAUCCAGAACAUGGGAGAGAUUAAGACCGAUGUAGGUCGAGCACGUGCCUGGAUCCGUCUGUCCUUGGAGAAAAAACUACUUUCCCAGCAUCUCAAACAGCUGCUGUCCAACCAGGCUUUAACCAAGAAGCUGUACAAGCGGUACGCCUUCUUGCGCUGCGAAGAGGAAAAAGAACAGUUUCUCUUUCAUCUCCUGAGCCUGAAUGCAGUGGACUACUUCUGCUUUACCAGCGUCUUCACCACCAUAAUGAUUCCGUACCGGGCCGUCAUCAUCCCCAUCAAGAAGCUUAGUAACGCCAUGACGACGUCCAACCCUUGGCUGUGUGUGUCAGGCGAGCUAGGCGACUCUGGCACCCUGCAGAUCACGAAGAAUGUUUUGGAAAUGACGUUUGACUCUGCCUUUAGGCCUCACACGCACAUCUCCAUCGCCUUCAAGCGCCAGAACCUCGGGAAGUUGACAACAGUGCAGCUGGGUCAUGAUAAUUCUGGCUUGCUUGCCAAGUGGCUGGUGGAUUGUGUCAUGGUCCGCAAUGAGAUCACAGGCCACACGUACAAGUUCCCGUGCGGCAGGUGGCUGGGGAAAGGUGUGGAUGAUGGCAGUCUUGAGCGAGUUCUGAUCGGUGAAUUUGUAGUUCCGUGCAAUGAUGAUGAAGGAGGCCGAGGGGCUAAGACUCCGCCCCUUCAGCGAUCGCCUUCACAGAUCCGACGAAUUAGCAUCACAUCACUUACAGGACGUGGAAACAAACCAACAACCGUUCAGAUACAGGAAUCCAUCGGUGAAGCAGUCAACAAUAUUAUCAAGCAUUACCACAAACCAGAGAAAGAGAGGGGCAGUCUCACGGUUCUGCUGUGUGGUGAGGGUGGUCUGGUGUGGGCACUGGAGCAGUUCUUCCAACAUGGAUUUCGCUCCGCUCGAAUCUUUCAGAAAAAUGUCUUUGUGUGGGAUUUCUACGAGAGAGCAGUAGCGUUUAUGGAGAAUGCAGAUCAGAUUGGAGACCUCCAAGAAAUACCAGAACCUCUUGGUCUGAAUGGUGAAUCUUUCUGUCGAUACAUCAACGCCAUUAACAAUAUGCCACGCAACAUUGGCAAGGAUGGCAAAUUCCAACUGCUAGUUUGCCUCGGGGCAAGAGACCGGUUGUUGCCGCAGUGGCUCCCUCUGCUGGCCGAAUGCCCCGUCAUCGCACGCAUGUACGAGGAGAACGCGUUACUUCGAGACAAGCUCACCGUCAGCUCUCUCGUCGGUGUCCUGGAAACGCUCAAUGACUUUCCCAUCACUCUGGAGACCUCCUUUACGAAAAGCGUUGAGCUGUAAUUCCACAUACUGAGCUCAAAUUCAGACUGCUCCCCCUCUCUGCUGCCACCCUCAGGGCCAACGCGGCUCUACAACGUUACUCUGCCUUGUGCGUUUGCUGACCUGGGAAGAACUGAGGAUUUAUCAAAGCUUCUCUCAAUCUGAGUCUCCUGCACCCCCCCCAAAGAAAUGAACUCUGAACUUCAGAAGUGUGUUUUGUAGCAAUAUUUGGAGUUGUGCUCUUUCUAACUGUUAGAAGACUCGUUUUUUUUUUUUCCCCUGUGGAUUUUGCUUUUAAAACUGUGGUCAUUAUGCGAGCAACGGUCAUGUCCGCUAGCGUUUCGGCUUCGCAUCAUGCGCCGUCUCUUUUUUUUUUUUUUUGGUAAGUAUGUCAAGAACUGCUGAGGAGCCUUAGUUCUGACAGAAUACACGUCCGACACAUUCAGACAUCAAGUGUUCACAGUGACUAAUCAGUAAAUCGAUGUCUGUGACGCGUGUUUAAACUGACGCUAUCCAUGUGCUGAUUGGCUGGCAGUUUGAAUAGAUGAAUUUAAGGACGUCAGUUUGAAACUUUCUCUUGGUUAAAAGCCCGUCAAAUGAAUUUUUCUGGAGAAAAAGGACAUUCCAACAUGAUGUGAAUCGCUGUAUGUUACAAGAUGUGUUUAUAGUUUAUGUGUGAUAGAAUUGUGUGUGGCUGGUUUAUCAGAUGAACACUUUGGGAAGAUGUGUUUAUGUUGCCAAUGAGUAUUAACUUCAUUCUUAGAUACUUAGAAUUUUUUUUUUUUAUGUUUAAGAAAGAAACACUGGAAAUCAGACCUGGAAAGCAAUAACAACCCCCCUCCCAGUAACCUUGGUCGCAGUUAAAAUCACUCAUAUCUUAAAUAUUACAGUUCCUUGUGUGGUGCUUUAAAUAUAAAGUGUAAACCCUAGUAACUGGGUCACUAAUUAAAUGAAUCACUAAUUGAAAGUCUAAAUGCAGCAUUAUUUUGUAAAUCCAUGUUUAAUUACUGCAUUACUUGCACGUUGCUUAGAAAUUAAGAAAUUAAUGUUUGUUUAUCUUUUAUAUGCCUCCGUUUUAAUCCGGAAUCCAUGCUGAGAGAAAUCUAGUUGUGGAAUAAACACGUUUGUUACAGGAUGAGUUACAACAUUAAAGUUUUUUUUUUUUAAGACUCUCGGCAUUUAAUCUUGGACAUCUGUAGUACAUCAACCUGUGUAUUUUCUUUCUUUCUUUUUAUAAUGACUCGGAUCAUUUGUAUGUAUUUAUUUUCAAACAAUUCGUUUGUGACGCUCUGAUUUUAGAUUAAUUAAAUCUUGUGGGGAAUUAUGCAGUAUGCUGACACUGUAUCAUUUAUUUAUUUUAUUGAUGUGUUCAGACUUUGUAUAGAAUGGAAGAUCCAUCCUGUGUAAAGGUCGACUUAGUUUUAGGGCCCGGGAGUUGCUGAAAUCCCAGAAUCCUCUGGCUGGAUGGAUGAGUGCUGAUGCAUGUGGCGUUUUAGAUCUUGGAGAAGUGCUGUUGCUGUAAUUUAAUUUGUUCCUUUAAAUCCUUUCGGUCUCAUUCCAUCCAUACUGGUUAAUGUUGUUUUUCCCCCUGUAUGAAAUGCUUCAUAACAUCAAUCAUAUAUAAUGAAAAGUUCCCUGUGUAAAAAUGAGUGGGUUCCACUAUCAUGUUUAUAUUUUUGAAGCAACUCAUUAAAAUUGCUCCUCAUGUCCAA